AGAUUUCGGGUACACCACAUUAAUCAGAAAUUAUUUUGAAACUUCGCAUGGAAAGGGGCCCCAAGAUGCUGCCGGGGGAUGUUUCAAGCGGAAGGCGGAAAUGGCAGUCAUACGAGGAGCAGAGACUAUCCAGUCUGCAAAAGACUUGUAUAAUUUUGGAAAAACCAAGUGUGAACAACCAAGUGAGACUGCUAAUUGUAAGCAAAGACACUUCAGGUAUAUCGAGGCGGUUUCGCGUGAAACAAAGAUACGGUUUAAACCAAUCCCCCAAAACAGGAAAAUACACCAAAUAAUAACCACCGGGAAUCCCUCACUUCUGUUCAUCCGUAAUCUCUCGUGCUAUACUUGCGAUGAAUGUAUCGAGGGAAACUAUGGAUCUUGUGUUAAUCAACACGUCGGGAAAACAACGACAGCAAACAUCAGCCGGGAAAAUGUCAACGACGCAGAAGUCGAUGUAGAUGAUACGGAGGAAGAACCACACGAAUUACUUGAUUUAUGUCAGCCCGGUAGCAUACUCGCUGUAUACACAGACGACCCUAAUGAAGACUUUUAUUUAUUCAGAGCUGAAAGUCCGCCCGAAAAGCUGAAAAGGAAGACAAAAGACAGUUGGGGGGCGACAUUUGAAAAAGGACAUGAAAUCAUACGGGGGGUUUAUUUUGAGGCCACGAAUGUCGAUUUUCGCUACCGUCUUUUAAAUGACAGACAUGCCGUGGUGCCAUCAUGUUCUGUGAGACACAUUUUGAGGAAUGCGAGUAUGACCAAUAAAACUCUUAUCAUCAGUAAAACCGACAACGAGGAAAUAUUGGCAUCAAUGUCAGAAGUUUUUCGAAAUUAAUGAAAUUUGAAAGUCGCGAAUUUGACAUUACAUCAACUGAAUAUAAUGUAUAUUUGAUUAUUUGUGUGAUUGAAGUAUGUUUAAAUUAUAUUUAGAAUAAGGAAAAUUGUUUGAUGAAGAGUCACUGCAUAUUAAGACACCGCGUCAAGAAAGCGACGUCGCAAAAACGGCGUAAAUAUGUUACGCAUAUGGUCACCAACAUCGCGCGUUACGUCAUUACAACAUAAUGUAAUAAAAUGUUGUUCAUCAUAGAAUGAACUACUUGGCAGAUAUCUUGCAAUUGGGUCAUAAACACAGAAAAGUAAGACGUGAAACUUGUUUAUUCUGACACUGCUUGGGAUUCCAUGUAAUGUACAUGUAUGUCAGAUGUUAGUUUAUCAGAAAUGAAU